AUGGCGGCCUGCGUCGCGGUGAGCGAGGACAUCUUUCCGAGCCCCGGGUCCUGGCUGGACCUUUGCUCCAUCACGGUGCAGCUCGCCGUGGAGGACAAAGAUUCUCGCACCACACGGCAGGCGUUGAGAGCCAUGGGCAACUUCGCGGUGCUCCGGGCCGCCAAGGAGGCGGAGGAUAUGGAGGAUGCCGGUACGGAGGUGAGCUCAGAUCACGGCCAUGGCCCAACUGCGCACUUGACCUCUGCCCCGGAUGCGGAGAGCUCGGAGUCCGGCUCGGAGUCCGGCUCGGAGGACGAGCCUGUCGAUGAACUCGAGGAUGUGAGCCCAGAGCUUCAGCGAUCGAAGUCCCAAGCCUCCGACAUCCCCAGUGUGCCGACAGAUGAUCAGGACAUGGAGUUUUCGCUGGCCAAGGCCAACGGGAAGGUGCCUGAAGGCAUGAUCCAGAAGAUGUUGGAGCUUGUGCAGGCGAGCCGCAAAGCUCCGCAAGCCGAGGAUGCCCGGAGGUCGGGGGCCUCGCUGGUGGCCGCCAGCGCGGCGGCGACCCUCGCGAACUUCGCCCAGGACACCGACAUCGAGCGGUUCAUCGGCUCCCUGGGUGGACUUGAAAUCAUGCUGGACAGCAUGGAGGUCGCGACCGAGGAUUUCCACCUGCAAGCCACCCGCUUCUUGUGGAACAUGACCUUUUCCAAGGCCAACCAGCAACGGUUCAUCGACCAUGGCGGCAUUGCAAAGUUGGUGGACUCGAUGAAGCGCUUCCAGCAGCCUCACCACGGUCCCCUUCAGGAGCAAGGCUGCGGCGUGAUCCGAAACUUGGCCUGCGGCCACUCCGGGCGGCACAAGCGCGCGCUGCUGAAGUCGGGGACCAUCCGGGCCCUUUGCAAGGCGCUGAAAUUGUUCCACCAGGAGGCGAACGUGUGUGUGCAAGCCAUGGCGGCCCUUACGGAGCUUUGUCUCGGUGCGCCGCCGGCGGCGCACCAGGCGCGGACCUUGGGCGCCCUGCGGUGGCUGCUGGCCAGCCUGAAGCUUGCGGGCACCAACGCGCAGGUCACAGAGCAAGUGCUGGAGGCGCUGGAGGCGAUUCUUCUCAUCCCACAGGCCUUGGCGGCCUUUGGUCAGCACGGUGGCCAUCUGGAGGUCCUGAAGGUGCUGGACCGCUUCUCCUCAGACACCACGGUGUUGCUGGCCUUCAGGACGCUGGCGGCAGCCUUGAGCCACACCAAGCUCAAGGAGAUGGUGGACGGGGAUUCCACGGAGGACCUCGCAUAUUUGAUCACCUCCAGUGCUGAGCGGGAGACGCAGCUUGAGUACUGGAAGCAGAUGGGCAAGAGCCCCGGCAGUUUGAUCCGUCAGGACUUGCUGGACGCUGGCCUCAUUCAGAAAGUCAUUGACGCGUUGCAGCAGUUCGACCAGUACACCAUUGCCAUUGAGGCUGGCGCAGGGGUUCUUAUGAACCUCACCUUGGAGGUACAGGAAGUGGACCAGGAUGAGAAGCACCUGCAGCGGAAGUUGGAUGUUGGCAUGGCCUGCCAUGGCUGCCUGGAGAUCAUUGGCCACCUCAGCGGCCAGAGGAACACCGCAGGCUUCGCUUCCAACAUGUUCCGCCUCCUGGCGGCGGUGUCCCUGCACGAGGAGAUCGCCCUCCUGCUCCACCGGAAGCAGGCCGCCAAGACUGCCCUGGAGUACUUGCAGGCCUAUGAGGAAGAGCCGGUGGUGCAAGCAGCAGGCUGCGCCUUUUUGGGGAACUUGGCCAAUGCCAAGCUGCACAUCCGCGAAGGCAUUGUGGAGGUGGGAGUGCUGGACUUUCUCAUCGCCCUGCUCGUUCGCAAGCGAAGCGUGGCUUUGGUGGUGCAGAGCGCCUGCAAGGCCCUCAAGGAGCUUAGCCCCGCAGAGGCGGCCCUGGGCAUCCUGAAGCGGUUCCCCAUCGUGGACAACGUCUUUCAGGCUGCGGACCCGCACUUGGCGGAAGCGGAUGUCAUGGCGGCGAGCCUGGCGCUACUUUGGAUGCUUUCGGCCAUUGACACAAACUACGCGGAGGAGCUGAACAAGAAGCAGACCACGACCCGUGUUCUGCAGGUGCUGCGCACGCAUCGCGCGCAUCACGAGGUUUGCCGUUGCUGCGGUGGCCUGCUUCGGAACCUCUUCUCCGCACCUUUAAGCGCGCAGGCGUCCGAGGAGUGCCUGGCAGCUGAAGGGCUCAGGUUGUUGCUGGAUGCGCUUUGGACGCAUUGCGUCCCACCAGUAGAGGGCACCAUGUCGCGAGCCAAUUAUGUGCUGGCCAACCGCGGGAGCAUGGAAUCGGUGGACGAAGGACCACAACGUGCAGGUUCCACCCUGGCGCAAGGAGGACCACAGCGUGCAGGUUCCACCCUCGCGCAAGGUAACGGAGGUGUCCGGCGCGGAUCGGUGGCGGGCGCGCCUGCGGGGAGGAGCUCGGUGUGCCGCACCUCCGUGCGGCGAAACUCCAUACGCAACAGCGUAGGCGACUCUCUGCCCACGAAGAUCUUCAGCAUGGAUGAGGCUCACAAGGUCACAACGGUGGAGGCUCAGGCGGUGGCCGAGCAGAUCUUGGCGGCGCUGAAGAACUUGGCGGCCUAUAGCAAGUUGGCCACAGCCCUGGCGGAGGAGAUUUUCCGGUGCGAGGAGUGGGAGGAUUUGCGCACUGUGGUGGAGCUGUACCCCAAGAGCAUCAUGGUCCAGUACCAAGGUUUCGAGCUCAUCGGCAAGCUUGUGAAUGCCAAGCGGGAGCUGCGAGCAGCUUUUAGGUUGAUAGCAGACCACGUGUUGCUGAUGAACCUCCACCACAAGACCACCCCGGUGGCCGACGUGGCCGAGCUUUUGCUCGAGGCCUUGAACUGA